AUGAACAAAAAUAAUUUUGUGAUACUCCCAGGUUCAAAAAGUGGAACCUCUGUGAGAUUAAAAUCAAAAACUGUCAGAGAGUUGCAACUGGAGAAAAUACAGUUGGAAAUGGAAAACAAAGAGGUGGAGAAGAAAUUACGACAACUGCAGUCCAACAUGAGCAGAGAAAAAGAGGAGAGAAAGAAAUCAAGUGCUUAUCAUUGGAAGUCUGGACAAGCAGGAGCAAUGACUGUCCAAGCCCGACUUUUAUCACAAAACAGAGAAAAAAUCAAUAAGGUUUCUUCAGGAAAAGUGAAGUUGCAGCUACUGAAAGAACCACUUCAAGUGCCAAAGAAAGAACCAUUUAAGCAUGAAAUGUCAAAUAAUGGAGCUCAUGAAAAAACUGAAGCAAAGGAGAUGGUUUCUCCUCGUCCACUUACUAAGAAUGCAGGGCUGACAAAAGCCAGUACGCGUCCUGGAAAACUGCAAGUUGUUGAUCCCUUCAGAUUUACUUCAUUGGUGAAUGAAACAAACAUUAAUCAUGAGGAGAAGGUGGACAGCAAGCGCGGGGUCACUUCAAACAAGUUGACAUCCUCACCAGCGUCAGCAGUCACUGCUGAGGAGCUCUCUGCAGAAUCAGACUGGACAGGUCUUGGCAAUCAGGACACAGGGAUCUUACUAAAUGGUAUGUUUAAUGAGGAAGAAUCUGCAAAGAUUUUUCAGGAAGCUUUGAUUCAAUGGAGGAACAGUAAUCGUGACCACAGACCAGAACAGCAUACUGAAUCUGUGGAAAAUCAUGAGGUACAGACCAGUCUUUCUGUUAUGAAAGAACAAGUCCAAAUUCAGUUCAAGGAGAGUGGCCUGAGCUACAUGGAGAAACUCUUGCUUAAGAAAUACAAAAGGACUUCUGCUGAUGAAAUGCCUUCUAGUCGCCUUACAGAUUUAAGGCCUGAGCGUAAACCAACUGCAUUACACAAAGCUGUGACUGGAGGAGAGGAAGAAGGAAAUGCUGGUCAUACAGAUGAUUUAACAGUUGAGGAGGUGAGGAGAUACUGGACAUCUGUUUUUAGGGAGGAGGAACCCAAGAGUGGUACGGAAAGUGCGGAGUCAUCUCUGAAAAUUGAACUUCUUGAUGAUUCUUACGACGUGGAGUUGGAAGAAUCGUGUGACUUCUUGGUGUGUGAAGCUGAGGCUACAGGAAUGAAUAACCAGAGAAAUAUUGAACCGUUUGAAGAGUUUGGAAGGUGUGAGAAGAGAUUAUUUGUAAGAGGAAAGGAUGCUUCAGCAACUGCAGAUCAGCAAAACACAAUGCCAGACCUUUUGCCAAAGGAGACUGCAGCCAUGAUGAAGUCAUCUUGUCACUCAACUUUUGCGGCUGAUGCUCAAAAUCGUUUACCUUCUGAUGGAAAUCUUGUUUCCUCUAAAGAAAUCUGGCAAGGAGAUGGGAGAUGGGUUACUGACGUGAGCUUAAGCAAGCAUGCUGAUGAGUCUGUAGUUCAGGCUGUCUUAGAAAGUCAAAUGGGCAGAUCUUCAAGUGGUCUCAAGACUCAUAGAAUUUCUCCUCUGGUAACAUGCAGACCAUGCUCAGGGAAUGAUUCUAUCAGACCUCGAUCAUCAGAUGUGCUGCAACAUAAACUGACCAGAGAUUGUGCAAAAUGCACUCAUCCAAGACCAGAGAGUUCAAGUUCACCUCUGCGUGCAUUUAGAGCUAAUACUGAGAUAUCAAAGCACAAGGAUGUUGAUGUAAUUAAACAAGAUGAACAUUGUUGGGAAUAUGCUGCUGACCAAGAAGCCUUACUCUGUCUGGAAAAAGAAUUACAAACUUAUAGGGAUCCUCAAGAAAAACUUUACAGCCUAACUUCUGAAGAUGUAACCUCCUCCAGCAGACGUUCAAGGAAGAUAUAUGGAAGUGUUACAGAUUUCCAUAAAACCCUGGAUCUAAAAGACUACAGCACAGCUGAUAUGCUUGGGGGCUGUGAUGAAGACCAAAUAGAUGAUGAGGAAGAAAUUCUGGAGGAUAAACGGCAGGUUCUUGCAUUACAGUAA